AUUGGAUAUUGUAUUUUGAAUAGCCUGGACAUUCUUUAGCUGCUCGUUGAUAGCCCCGCGCGUUCCAUAUACGUUGAUUUGCUAAACCAUGCCAUCUGGGGCACCUUUGUUUGUCCUUAACCGCACAGCUCGAGGAGAACAAGGCAAAUCUGUCCAGUUAGCCAAUAUUGAAGCAGGAAAAACUGUUGCUGACGUAAUAAGAACAUGUUUAGGUCCAAGAGCAAUGUUGAAAAUGCUCAUGGACCCUAUGGGUGGGAUAGUGAUGACUAAUGAUGGAAAUGCAAUAUUGAGAGAGAUCACUGUCGAACACCCAGCUGCCAAGUCGAUGAUUGAAAUCGCAAGAACUCAAGAUGAAGAAGUUGGUGAUGGCACUACUUCCGUAAUCAUACUUAGUGGAGAAAUGCUGGCAGUAGCCGCUCCUUGUUUGGAAAAACAGGUACACGCUACAAAGAUCAUAUCUUCGUUCCGAAAAGGCCUCGAUGAAAUGCUUGUAUCACUUCGUGAAAAAUUCAGUGUUCCAUGUGAUGCAUCGAACGAGCAGGAGGUCAAAAGAAUAGUUCAAAGUUGUGUUGGAACAAAAUUCAUAAACCAAUGGUCUGACCUAGCGUGCAAAAUUGCUUAUGAUGCUGUGAAAAUCGUAACAGUUGAAACUGACGGUCGUAAGGAAAUAGACAUCAAACGCUAUGCAAAAGUGGAAAAGAUUCCUGGUGGUUCUGUUGAAGACUCAGUUGUUCUUGAUGGUGUUAUGUUCAAUAAAGAUGUCGUACAUCCGCGCAUGUCGAGAAGAAUAGAGAACCCUAGAAUCCUGCUAAUGGACUGUAAUCUGGAAUACAAGAAAGGUGAAAGCCAAACAACAAUGGAGUUAUCAGAUGAUAAGGACUUCACUCGUGCUUUAGAAAUCGAAGAGUCAUUUAUUAAGGAAAUGUGUGACCAAAUUAUCCAAUAUAAUCCUAAUGUUCUUAUUACCGAAAAGGGAGUUAGUGAUCUAGCUCAGCACUACCUGAGCAAAGCCAACAUUUCAGUCAUCAGGCGACUCAGAAAAACGGACAAUUUGCGCAUCGCCAGAGCAUGUGGUGCCACUAUCGUUAACAGACCAGAAGAAAUCAAGGAGGAAGACAUUGGCGUGCAAGCUGGUCUUUUUGAAGUAAAAACAAUUGGUGAUGAGUAUUUCACAUUCAUCACAAAGUGCAAGAAUCCGAAAGCUUGCACCAUUCUUCUCAGAGGUGCCAGCAAAGAUGUACUCAAUGAAGUUGAACGCAACUUGCAAGAUGCCACGAACGUGGUUCGUAAUGUUGUGCUUGAACAGCGAUUAGUUCCUGGAGGCGGUGCCGUUGAAAUGGCUUUGGCUCAAGAACUUACUCAAAAGUCAAAGUCAGUCAAUUCUGCCGUCCAGCAAAUGGUUUACCUCGCCAUGGCACAAGCCUUAGAAGUGAUACCUAGAACGCUGGCGAAAAACUGUGGUGCUAAUGUUCUUCGACUUAUCACGGAGUUACGCGCCCGUCAUGCCACAGAUCCUGCUAAGUACUGGACAUAUGGUGUGGACGGAGUAUCAGGAAAGAUUGCCGAUAUGAAACUACUAAAUAUUUGGGAUCCCUUGACUGUCAAGGCUCAGACUCUGAAAACAGCGAUUGAGACGGCGGUUUUGCUGCUGCGAAUCGAUGAUGUUGUUUCUGGAGUGAAGAAACAAUCAGGAGAUAAUACAUCAACACCGCCCACUUCUGAAUAAAAUCUCUGUUACAUCGAGUGUUUGCUAACCUGAUAUUAUAUAUAUAUAUAUAUAUAUAU